AUGAUCAACACUUUGAAGCUGGAAAAGGAUGACUGGUUCAACAGAUUGUAUGGUCUUAAAGAAAAAUGGUGUACAGCUUUAAGUAAAGAUUUUUUUUCUGCCGGUAUACUUUCUUCACAAAGAAGUGAAAGUACAAACCAUGCUGUUGGAUUUAAAGCAAAUAAAAGUACAACAUUAACAGAGUUCUAUAGUAUUUUUCAAGCUACAAUAAAUCGAUGGAGAAAAACUGAAGAAAAAGACGACUUUGACUGUACAAGGGGAAUACCUACUUCAGAGCUAAGUAUGAGGGCUAUAUUAAAACAGGCAGCAAAUAUAUACACGAUAACACUUUUCCGUGAUUUUGAAGAAGAGUUCAAGCUUUCUGUGGCAAGUAGUGAAAAGUUCAAGGGAAAUGUUGGAAGAACAAUGUUUUUUGAGGUGUGGAUAGAAGGAAUAACAGGAUCAAGGCAAGAAGUUCAAUUCAAAAUGGAAGAUUCAACCGUCACUUGCACAUGCAAAAACUUUGAAGAAUCUGGAUGGUUGUGCUUCCAUUGUUUGAGAAUAUUGCAUUUACAUUCAAUCAAUACAAUUCUAGAUCGUUACAUAACAACAAGAUGGACUAGAUAUGCAAAGAAACAGAUAUGGAAAAGGGUUGAUACGAUAAAAAGGAAGAAGGGGAAAUCAACAAUUUUACUGGUUGGAGAUUACAUAUGA